AUGUCUCAACAUUCUUCACCCACUCACAUGCAUGUCCCAACUGAAACUAGUGGAUCCUCCUCACCAUCAUCUAGGGAAAACACACCUUGUCAAAUGAUUAACCUGGAAGAUCUGAUUCUGGACGUUGCCCAUAUGUCCACGGUUCAUCCCCCUCCUCAGAAGAAAGCUACAUCGUCUGUGUCUAAAGUUGCCAAGACUUCUGGUAAGUCUUCUAAACUCAUAAUCCCCAGUAAAGAUAAGAUUAAUGCUGAAGAAGAAUCUAGGCUUAAAGAAGUAAACUCUGAUGUUUUUCCAAAUGUUCAAACAUCUUUGGAAAAAGAUCCAAGCCCUGACAAUGAGUCAAGGGAAAAAGCUGAAGAAAAUGUUCCUGAUCAUACUAUUCAUUCGCCCUCCAUGGAAGUGAAGAGAAAAGCUGAUGGGUUGAAAGGAACUCCUUCUAUAAGCUCCACAGGAAAAUCUCUUAUUGGACCCACUAGGUCUUGGAGUAAAGUUGUUACCCCUACUAGAAAGAGGAAAGUUGUCUCCUCUAGUGAAUAUGAGUUUGAUGUUGCACAUGAUGUCCAGGACAUCACCCCUAUAAAACGAUCAGCUAAUAAGAAACCCCAUGAUGCUAGGUGGAAGUAUGUCAUUCAUAGAAGGGUAGCCCUAGAAAGGGAAUUGGGAAAAGAUGCCCUUAAGUUUAAGGAGGUCAUGGAACUGAUAGAAGUUGCAGGGCUGAGGAAAACUGUCACACACUUUGGACCUUGCUAUGAAAACUUAGUAAAGGAGUUUGUGGUGACUAUCCCUGAUGGAUGUGAUGAUACGAAGAGUGUUGACUAUGGUAAAGUUUAUGUGAGAGUAAAUGUUGUAACAUUCUCCCUAACUGUGAUCAAUAAAUUUCUAGAAAGAAUAGAUGAACCUUGGGCUGAACUAGAAGUCACUGAUGAUCAGAUUGGUACUGCCAAUUGGGUUCCCACUAAUCACACCUCAACUAUCUCUACUGGUCUGGGAAAAUUCAUUUAUGUUGUUCGUACAAAAAGAGCAUUUGACUUUGGAAAACACAUCUUUGGACAAGUGUUGAAACAAGCCUUCUCUACUGCUGUAAAAAUGCUUAUUUUCUUUCCAUCCCUCAUCUGUGGAAUCAUCCUAAAUCAACACCCUGGUAUUUUUCUACCCAUGGACUGUAUGAAGAAAAGGGAUUCUCCCUUGUCACUCCACUACAAACUAUUUGCAGGAAUUUAUGUCCCAGACAUUAUUAUGACAUCCUCUCAGACACCUGGCCCUGCCACCUCCAAGAAGAGUGUCAUUUCUCAAUUGAAUGAAACAUGCAAAGAGCUGGAGGACUCCAUCAGAUCUAACACUGCUAUAAAGAUUAAACUGGAGACAUUGAUAAAGGCAAUGAUGGAAGAGGAGAAUAAGGAAGUUGUAUAG